AUGCCGAUCCGCCCAUUGGAUGAAUGGGCCGCUGCCCGCACGCAGUCUCUCCCACUCUCCGCCCUCAAAGGUGCCGUCGUCGGUAUCGAUGCGUCACAUUACAUUAAACAGCACCUCCUCCACCCUUCCACCCGUGAGCCUCUCUUGGUCGCUCUUGGCGGAUUUCCGUUCGCUCUGAGGAACAAUAUCGAACGAGAGCUGCAGACCUUCAAGGACUCAGGCGUAACAUGUGUUUUUGUCUUCGACGGUCUCGACUUUGGUACUAAGAACCAGCGACCCCACGUAUCGCCGGAGUCAGUACGGGCAUUUGAGCAAGCCUGGGACCUCUAUGACCAACAACAGGCUGAUCAAGUGGUGGACGCAUUUAGUGGUGCAGUGCUGCGGCUCAGGUGA